GACACGGAGAUCCUGAACACGGCCAUGCUCACGGGGAAGACGGUCACCGUGCCCGUCAGGGUGGUGUCCGUGGAGGAGAGCGGGGCCGUGAGCGACAUCUCAGAGUCGGUGGAGUGCGCAUCCACGGACGAGGACGUCAUCAAGGUGUCUGACCGCUGUGACUACGUCUUCGUCAACGGCAGAGAGAUCAGAGGGCAGGUGGACGCGGCGGUGAACUUCACCUACCAGCACCUGAGUGCACCUCUGCUCGUGACCGUGUGGGUGCCCCGGCUGCCCCUGCAGAUCCAGGUCUCCGACACGGAGCUCAGCCAGAUCAAGGGCUGGAGGGUCCCCAUCGUGGCCAGCAAGAGGCCCACGCAGGACAGCGAGGAAGAGGAGGAGGAGGAGGAGCGGCGGGGCCGGGGCUGCGCCCUGCAGUUCCAGCGCGCCACCGUGCGCGUCCUCACAGAGUUCGUGUCCCAGGGGGCCGGGCCCUGGGGCCAGCCGAGCCACCUGCUGGGUCCCGACUGGCAGUUUGACAUCACCCACCUGGUGGCGGACUUCAUGAAGCUGGAGGAGCCGCACGUGGCCACGCUGCAGGCCGGCAGGGUCCUGGUCGGGCGGGAGGUGGGGAUGACGACCAUCCAGGUGUUAUCCCCGCUGUCUGACUCCAUCCUGGCCGAGAAGACCGUGACCGUGUUGGAUGACAAAGUGUCGGUGACAGACUUGGCCAUCCAGCUCGUGGCUGGGCUGUCAGCCACCCUGCACCCCGACGCGGAGGAUGGCCAGGCCAUCACAGCUGUGGCCACAGCCGAGGAGCUGCUGCGGACCCCCAAACAGGAGGCCGUGGUCAGCACGUGGCUGCAGUUCAGUGACGGCUCGGUGACGCCCGUGGACAUCUACGACGCCAAGGACUUCUCGCUGACGGCCACCUCCCUGGAUGAGACCAUCGUGUCGGUCCCCCAGGCCCGCUCUCCCAGGUGGCCCGUGGUGGUGGCCGAGGGGGAGGGCGAGGGGCCGCUGGUCCGAGUGGACCUGGCCAUUGCGGAGGCCUGCCAGAAGUCCAAGCGCAAGAGUGUCCUGGCUGUGGGCUUCGGCAACGUCAGGGUCAAGUUCGGACAGAGCGACGCCGACUCCAGCCCCGGGGAGGACCGUGGCGGUGAGGAAGAGAUCAAGAACCACGCCAGCGGCCGCAGGCAGAAGGCUCAGGGCCAGGACGGGCGCCUCCCGGGCAGCUCCUCCCUGGAGCGGGAGGAGGGGGCUCUCUGGAGAGUCCCCGCCACGGCCAAGUCGCCCGUGGGCAACAGGGCGGGGAAGAGCAGCCGGCUGGACGGGGAGGCACAGCCGCAGAACAUCCCCCUGGACUUCACCCGCUUCCCGGCCCAGGGGGAGCCGCCCAGGGCGGGGGCCGGGCCGGAGGGAGGCGACCUGGUGCAGAGGCCCCGCGGCCUGAGCGACCUGGAGAUCGGCAUGUACGCGCUGCUGGGCGUCUUCUGCCUGGCCAUCGUCGUCUUCCUCGUCAACUGCGCCACCUUCGCCCUCCGGUACAGGCACAAGCAGGUGCCCGUGGAAGGGCAGGCCCCCGCGCCGCACUCGCACGACUGGGUGUGGCUGGGCAAUGAGGCGGAGCUCCUGGAGAACGCGGGCGAGGGGCCGGCGCCCCAGCACGAGCGCACCACCGUCAUCGACCGGGGGCUCGGGGGCCACGAGGAGAGCGGCCACCUCCCGCUCACCGGGGGCUCGCAGAAGCACGUGCAGAGCCAGGUCCACAGGCCGCCCGCCCCGGGGCCCGGGCAGGAGCCCCCGCACUCGCCCACCUCCAGGAGGAAGAAGGUGCAGUUCAGCACCUUCACCGCCAUCCCGCCGGACGACGGCUGCCCCACGGUCGACUCCAUCGGCGGCGGCCACGGGGAAGAUAUCAACUUCCGUGUGACAUCAUCCCGCACCACCAGAGGGAGCCGCUUGAACUGCCCAGUUCCGUGCCGAGUCUGCGUGCAGAGUCCCGCUUCCGUCUGCAGGUCAGUUUUGGAGUAUUUUCAUCAGUCCCGGAAGGAAACCCGACACCCACCAGAGAGAGCCGGGUACCUGGAGGCGCGGCAUCGCCCGUCCUGGGCAGGGUCAGCCGAGCGGGGCUGGCACGGAGACCACACAGGACACCCUCCCUGGAACAGGAGGCGCGGCAUCGCCCGUCUCUGCCAGCCUAGGAGGAAGAGGCUGUGCCACGGUGACAAAUGCAUCCCGAGUCCCCCGCGCCAUCCUGGGGUUAGACUGCAGCCGCGUCCAGGAGCCGUCGCUGGUGGCCUCGUCCCGUGGGGGCUGCGAGUGUCCCGUGGUUCUUCAACGCAGUCUCCCAGAGGACACAGCCCUCAGCCCCAGAAACGAGUCGCCCGGCACCCGUCUCCGCUGUGCACCUGCUGGACACCCUGCCUCCAGUUCCUGCCCGGGACGCGGGACAGACAGCCUGCCUGCAGGGAGGGGACGUGGGAGGCCACCCCAGGAGAGGUGUCUCUUCCCACGCGGGUGCGCGACUGCAAAGUGAAACGUGUCAGCAGCUGCGUGCCCGGGCCGAGCUGGGAUUCGUCCUCCCUGUCCAAACUGUAAAGUGGAACAGGGACCCCUUGUCUCUCAUGGCCAACCCGACCGCCCAGCACACACUUAUUAAACGCCUGCUGUGUACCUGACCCUGUGCAACAUGCAACGGAUGGAAAAAUGCUCAAGACCGCAAGGUGCUCACAGUCAGAGGGCGGAGGCGGGACGGGUGCUGUAGGAGCCCCGAGGGUGAGCAUGGUGGUGGGUCGCCAUGCGGCCGGGAGGGGCUCCCCCUGGCUGUGGACGGGAGCUAGCUGUCUGCCCCGCAGUCUUUGCAUGCUCCUUCAGAAGCACAAGGGAAUGAGGAAAGGGAGCGUUCUCCCCGCUGUGCACUGGGGAGACCACGUCAUCCUCCAGGACAGCGUGCACAGGACGGGGCCCAGAGACUCCGGGGUGCCAGGACCCAGGCCGGGCGCCCUCCAGUCCCGGACUCGAGGCGGGAGGACGUCGUACACAGGCUCUGGGCUUCCUCCAGUCACCGCCAGCGAGCAGCAGAGCCCAGAUGCACAACCCUGCUCAUGUCUCCAGUGACCAUGGGCUUACGAAACCUGCCACAUGAGCUGGGUGUGCAGGGCGCCUACCAGUCCAUGGGGAACUGGAAUGAAACGUUCCCUUGGGUGCAAAAAAUAAAUAAAUAAAAUGGGUGCAUAGUUCUUUGCUAGUACACAUUUCUUGGAUUGUUUUC